CCGAAAGAAAUUUGGCAUGCAAUACACGAUUUGCGUCAACGUGAACUAGGUCAUUCUAAUAAGACCCCACCCUCGUUGUUUCGAGAACGUGUACAAGGAAGUGUUUCUAUGGUACAGAGAUUGGAAUUACAGUUCAGAAUGGAGUGUCAUGAUGGAUGUGUGAAUGCCUUGAAUUUUAAUAGAAUAGGUACCCUACUGGCGAGUAGUUCCGAUGAUUUAAAUAUAGUUCUAUGGAACUGGGUGCAGAAUAAACCAGCCUUGGUGUAUGACAGUGGUCAUCGGAGUAAUGUCUUUCAAGCUAAAUUUAUGCCCUACAGUGGAGAUUGUCAUGUGGUUAGUUGUGCUCGAGAUGGUCAAGUUAGAUUAGCUGAAUUAUCACUGACUGGUCGAUGUAAAGAAACUAAGAAAUUAGCACAACAUAAAGGUGCUGCACAUAAGUUAGCUCUAGAGUUAGACUCUCCACAUAUCUUUCUCAGUUGUGGUGAAGAUGCUGUUACUUUCGAGAUAGAUUUACGUCAAGAAAAACCAAAUAAAUUAUGUAUAACUAAAGAAAAUGAGAGGAAAGUUGGAUUAUAUUCUAUUCACUCUAAUCCUGUUAAUUCAUAUGAAUUUUGUGUCGGAGGACGUGAUCACUAUAUCAGAAUUUAUGAUAAAAGAAAGAUAACUGAAGUAAGUAAUGGAGUGUUAAAGAAAUAUUGUCCACAUCAUUUGGUUGAUAGUACAACUAAAGCCAAUAUAACUUGUGCUUGUUAUAAUUACAAUGGUACAGAGGUACUAGGGUCGUAUAAUGAUGAAGAUAUAUAUUUAUUUAAUAACAAACACUCAGAUGGUGCUGAAUAUAUACAUAAAUAUAAAGGUCACCGCAAUAAUGCUACAGUAAAAGGUGUAAAUUUUUACGGUCCGAGAAGUGAGUUUAUAGUCAGUGGUAGUGAUUGUGGUCAUGUAUUUUUAUGGGAUAAAGAAACAGAAAAUAUUGUACAGUUUAUGAAAGGAGAUGAGGGUGGAGUGAUAAAUGUUCUAGAACCUCAUCCAUUUGCUCCAAUAUUAGCUACAAGUGGUUUGGAUCACGAUGUUAAAAUUUGGUCUCCUACUGCUGAGGAUGCUACUGGACUCUCUGGUCUCAAAAAGUCAGUUAGAAGAAAUCGUAAGGAACGAGAAGAAGAGAGAUCUUCAGAACCAGAAAUGAUUGAUGGACAGAUGUUAUGGCUGGUUAUGCAUCAUUUUAGACGUACAGCUCGUAGGCAGUUGCGUCAAGAAGGAGGUGAUGUGUCGAGUUCCAGUGAAAAUAUAGAGUCAGGUGAAGAAGAAUCUGGAGAUGAGGCUGACAGGCUACAAUGUGCUCCAUCAUAACUGGUUGCUUUACAGUCUUCUCCUUGGCAAUUGUAUAGUCCACUUUACUUGGAUUACAUACAAUAUGCUCCAUUUUAAAGGGACAUACCUGUCUGAAUUCCUAUUUUUUUAAGUUGUCAGUUGCCUUCUCGCUUGGAAUUUUUGAAAAAUUCUGAAAAUUUGAUGGCCCUCUGUAUUAGAUUAUGAGUGAAAUUUCAACUCAAUUUUUUUCUGAAUUCAAUUGUGCCAAAUUGUUAAGUACAUAUUUAAAAAUAUUCAUGUAAAUUUACACAAUUUGUGCUCAAUUCAGCUACCCAAAUCACAGGAAUGGAAAUAUCUAUCUUGUUUAGAUGAAAUUCAACCGAUUCAGUAUGUUUU